AUGAAUAAUACCAUUAAAAAUACAGCAGUCAUCGUUCCUUACAACGAUCUGGUCACUAAAAUACUUAUAAUCUUUUUGAUGGGUAGUCAAUUACAACAAAGAACGGGGCUGCGUGUGGAGGGGCGGGUGGGGUAUCCACGGGGUUUGGGGGAUGGGGCACUGAAGGCGGAGGGGGGCGACCAGCACGCGUCGAGGCCGGCUGUCGUUGACACGGCCCGAGGACGAGCUCUCCAAGGUCGGACUGCCGAAAACUGCGGCGUUCCUCCUAACUCACUUUAUUCGACGAGCACGGUUAACGCCUUAGCGAAAACUAUGACGUUGACUCGCACGCGACAGGAGCACACGAACGGCCUUCCCACAGCCGCCUCGCAUUUU